UGGGCGUCAAAGUGUCAAAAACCCCGAUCGUAAGAAAGUUAAAACCCUAACCCCUGAAAAACUUUUUGCGUUUCCGCAGAGCAGCUUCCUUCGGCUGCUGGCGAUGGGUCGAAAACUAAAGAGCUGCAACACCAUGCUUGAUGGCGAACCAGAGACAGCUCGAGAAUCCUCUCAUAACCAAGAACUCAAAGCCGAGAAGAAGAGAAAGAAGAAGCACAAAGACAACAAUGACGAAGCCAAUCCCAAGAGGAAGCUUGAAGAAAUCGAGCCCCUAGAAAUCCAGAAGAAGAAGCGCGAUAAAAUGGAAGGGGACGUGUCAGAAAGCAAAACCCACCAAGGGAAAGAGGAACCGGAGCGAAACGAUGACGUUGAUGAUGAUGAAACGGUGAGGGAUGAACUCGUGGUCGUGACUGGGAAGAAUGUAAAAGCAUCCAAGUACUUGCCACUGAGAUCUUUUGCCGAGUCGGGGCUACCCGAGGAUGUUUUGGAGUGCUGCAAGAAUUUUCAGAGCCCUUCUUUGAUUCAAUCACGGGCGUGGCCGUUCUUAUUGGACGGUCGCGAUUUUAUUGGAAUUGCGGCUACCGGUUCAGGUAAGACAUUGGCAUUUGGGGUGCCAGCGGUUAUGCAUGUAUUGAGCAAGCGGAAGGGGAAGAUGUCCGCCGGACGCAGGCCACUGUGCCUUGUGCUCUCACCAACAAGGGAGCUGGCUCAACAAAUUUCAGAUGUUCUGUGUGAUGCUGGGAAACCUUGUGGUGUGAAAUCAGUUUGUCUGUAUGGAGGAACCUCUAAACAACCUCAAAUAUCUUCUUUGAAGUCUGGUGUUGACGUUGUCAUUGGAACACCUGGUCGUUUAAGGGAUCUGAUGGAAAUGGGCGUGUGCUCCCUUAAGGAGGUAUCUUUUGUGGUUCUUGACGAGGCUGACCGAAUGCUUGACAUGGGAUUUGAGCAAGAAGUUCGCUGUAUAUUGGGCCAGACCUGUUCUGCUCGCCAAAUGGUAAUGUUCAGUGCUACAUGGCCCCUGUUAGUUCAUCAAUUAGCACAGGAGUUCAUGGACCCCAAUCCGAUUAAGGUUGUUGUAGGUUCGGAGGAUUUAGCUGCAAACCAUGAUGUACUGCAGAUAGUGGAGGUUUUGGAUGAUCGGUCACGUGAUCAGCGUUUGGUUGCUCUUCUAGAAAAAUACCACAAAUCCCAAAAGAAUAGAGUAUUGGUUUUUGUCUUGUACAAAUGGGAAACAAAACGUGUUGAGAAUAUGCUGCAAGAGGCAAAUUGGAAGGUUGUUUCAAUACAUGGUGACAAAUCACAGCAUGAACGUACAAAGGCACUAUCAUUAUUCAAGAAGGGCAGCUGCCCCUUAAUGAUAGCUACUGACGUGGCUGCUCGGGGAUUGGAUAUUCCAGAUGUUGAAGUAGUGAUCAACUAUAGCUUUCCUCUCACCACAGAAGAUUAUGUCCACAGAAUUGGGCGGACUGGACGGGCUGGGAAGAAGGGUGUUGCCCAUACAUUCUUCAUGCAGCAGAACAAGGGACUUGCUGGGGAGCUGGUGAAUGUUCUCAGAGAAGCUGGGCAAAUUGUGCCAGAUGCCCUUAAAAAUUUUGGCACUCAUGUAAAGAAGAAGGAGUCCAAGCUUUACGGGGCUCACUUCAAGGAAAUUCCUGUAAAUGCUCCCAAGUCUAAAAAGAUCACAUUUGACAACUCGGACGACGAAGACUGAAUCAUGUGGUAAAAUCUAAACGCGUUUCUUCAAUAGGUAGGUAUCAAAAGAUUUACAGCUGAUUGUUGAAUACCAAUUCCCCUUCGUCCUCUGCAACGCUAGUGCCAUCAUUUUCCUUGAAUAUUUUGCCAUUCAAAUCUGUAAGAUGAACCAUACCCAUUGUUUUCCUGGCUCCUCUUUAUGGAGUUGGUAUUUGUUGCUACAUGCCGUAUGAUGUCGGCUAUGCCAAAUCA